ACUCUAUCUUAAGUUCAACACACUGCGACUACUUGACUUGACCACUGAACCGUAGAUUUUUGCUCUGGGCUGAAAAUACCACACAUCACACGGUCACUGACAACCGAAAUUUGAUUCUACAUCACUUCAUUACAAGUCCAUCAACAAAUCAUCUCUGGAGCUAAAAGAUUGUCGCCCCUUGAAGUUGACAGAAGUUAAAAAGUUGUGCAUCACACUUUUCCAGCUACAGAUCUGUAUGGAUCCAGUGAUGUGAUUUCUUGACUUCAAACAGUGAAGAGUUCCAUCAUGGAGUGUGUUCCCAUAGGAAACGAAUCAGGAUUAGCUCCCCCUGUCAACUUUACUGAGGCACAGAAACGAGUCCUCAAGGAUAUUAGUAAUGUUUUCUACAAUUACGGACUCCCUGUAGUCUGCUUAUUUGGAAUUGUGGGAAAUAUUCUAAACUUGACAAUUCUCACACGUCGGAAACUACAAAAGUCUUAUCGGACGGUCGAGCAAGCUGCCUAUGUGUGUCUCAUUGGCUUGGCCUUGUCGGAUUUAAUGUUUUGCGUGUUCGCCUUUCCUACGACAUUCUUACCAACAGGGGAAUAUUACAAAACGAAAGGCUUCAUUUUAUAUUAUGGGAUGUAUUCCACAGCGGUCAUCAAUGUAUUUAUUAUGUCGAGCACCUGGCUGACAGUAACCAUGGCAACGGAAAGGUAUAUUGCAAUUUGCCAUCCGCUCAAUAGCAAACUUUUCAUGACUUUGAGUAAAACGAAGUUAAUUAUAGUACUCGUAUAUCUAGUGUCUGUCGCGUUUAAUAUUCCAGUGUUAUGGCGGUAUCAGAUUCAUGAAGUUUUGUGCGAAAAUAUGACCUCAAAAGUGUACCAUCUAAAACAAGUACCACUGUGUAACAGCAACAUGCUCGACGAUGGCUACCGUGUUCUUUGGGCGAUUGUCGGUAAUUUCAUUCCCCUCAUUCUUCUAAUAGGUUUCAAUAUCUGCAUCUGCUACAAAAUUCAUAAAUCGUACAAACUACGGCAAAAAUUUCACUGCGAACAAGACCCAAAGGAUUCGAACAAUACACUGACAAUAACGCUUAUUGUCAUCGUGGUCAUGUUUUUUAUACUGGUGGCGCCCUCUGAAAUUGUUUUGCACAUUGCCCAGAUCACCAAAAGUGACAGCGAUGCUACAUACAAAGCAAUCGAAGUGGUCAUGAACUUUAUGCAGUCUGUGAACUUCUCGGUGAACUUUGUCCUAUAUUGUAUCAUCAGCCCGUACUUCCGUAAGACACUCCGACACAUUCUCUGUUGUGAUUGGUACAACAAUCGCAGAGACUCUUAUAAAUUCAAUAUGACAGACUGUAGCAAGCAACCACUCAAAGGACCAUGAUUUGGGGCGAAAAUUCUAAUUUUUGUUGGCCCUUGUAUAAAGCUUGUCAAAAGAGAUGGCACCAUUUGGAUGAAUCAAUACAGACAACAAAGUCAGGAUUAGCGGCUAAUUUACAUAUCGUAUAUAAACCAAUACAUGAAAAUCACACCAUCAAUAAGAUGCAAUAGCUUUCAUUUAUCCACGAGAGGCGUUUGUCAAUGUACCUGUCAAUAUCUAGGUUUGCCAAUCAUGCUGGCUAAGUAGACCGACAGUUGUCUGCCUAUCCACAGCACUGUCAGCCCUCUACUUAAUAAUAGCUGUGUAUUUCAAGAUCAUUUAUUUUUACUUUGAAAGAAAAAUUUUCAAGUUGACUAAAAUUUUUCUUUUCCUGUUCUGAAAUUAAUUUUUAAGUCCCAAAUACAUAAUUUUCUUUUUAAUUAAUCUUAACACUUUUCAAAAUGUCAGUGAUGAAAAAUUUAUGUCGAACUGUUUUCUAGCUAAUCAUGCUUUGGGCAAUGUAUCAAAACCACAAACAACUGAAGGUUUGGGGUGCAAGUACAUACCCUCAACGAAAACAACCUUAGCAGAUUGACUAAUUUAAACAACUGAAGGCUUGGGGUGCAAGUGCAUACCCUCAAUGAAAACAACCUCAACAUUUUGACUAAUUUAAUUUUUAUUAAAGUGACACUGUUAAGAAAUUACAAGGCUGCAAAUGUGACAAUAAUUUUCUGGUUUUGUACAGAGUCAAACUUUAUUAUCUCGAACAGUUAACUCGAAGACUUUGCAUAAGUCUAAGUAAAAAUUCAAUUCAAGGGGUCAGUCAGGGCCAACAUGUGCAUACCAUCAAGCUGUUACCCCAUGGUGAUAAUGGUAUAUAUAACCAAGUUAGAAUGAAUUCCAAUAGAAAUGAAACAAAUGAUAGUAAAAAAUGUUUUCCCUAUAUAUAAACCAUAGUAAAGUUUUAACCCCCACACCAGGGGGUUAUGAAAUUCACAAUUUUGGUAAAGGACUUUAGGGAAUUUCUUUUUGUGAAAAGCAUUUGAUUCUACCAUAUCUAGGAGUUGAGAAAUAAAUUUUUUGAAAUUUUAGUCAAUUUGACCCUUUUUGGCCCUGCCCCUUAAGCCCCUGUGGGUUGGGGACUCUAUCAUUCACAAUUUUGGUUGAUCUUUGACCAUGGAAACUGCAAAGUUUCAUUGAAAUUGGUUCAGGGGUUUCUGAGAAGAAGUCAAAAAUGUUUAUUGUUUACAAACGCACGAGGCACAACGCACCAUGCACGACGAUGGCAAAAAGGCAAUUAGAAAAGGUCAUUUGUGAUUUCGUCCAAGGUGACCUGAAAAUUCUUCACAAUAUUCCUAUUUUUUUUUUUAUGACCCCACUGAUUUCUAGAUAACAAAGUUUGACUGUAUCUGCCUUUCAUGACAAUUUCGACUGAUGAUUUGAGCAUUCCAACUUGUCCAAGGGUCAAUAUAGUUUGUGAAAUAUGUUACUUCAUAAUCAUUGUGGGAAACCCAUAUUCGAUUGUACAGUCGCUAAUCAAAGAGACUAACAUGGGUUGCCUACAAUGUACUCUAUUUGUCGCUUAACUGUAGGAUGCACAAAUAUCAAACGUAAUAUUCAUCAUUUUAGUAUAGUAUAUAGCAAAACUGUAAUUCUUCAUCACAUAACAAGAAAUGCAUGGAAAUUCUAUUUUUAGUAACAGUGACCUUAUUAGCUUUUGACUGUAUGAUCAAGAAUUCAGCAGUAGUUAAUGUACAUAAGAAACUAUCAUUGUAUAAAAUGAUCACCAGAUAUAAAUAUGGCCAAUAUUUAUUAUAUACUAUAACUUUGUGUAUUGUCAUCGGAUAUUUUUCAUUGUACAUAAAGAAAUUAUA